UUUGUUUUCAGAACCGUGAGGUCUGGUGAUAAUGAAAGUCUGCGCCAUAGAAGACAAGCUGAAACGCACAAUUACAAAAAAUCUAAUGCUGAAGUGUCAACACCAACGGUAGAUGGGGGGACUUUGAAUAACUUACUGGAGGACAUGCGUUUUGUUCCUGGGCGAUUUUUCUUCGCCAUUUUUACGCUUCUAUGCUCAUUUACAUCCUCCAAGAUAAACAAUGCCGGCUGGAAGGAUUUAUUCACACCGUCGGAGUUAUCAUCAAUUUUAGGGAAUUCCGAAUCAGACAAUCGGAUCAUAGUCUAUCCAAAUUUGUUGGAACUGGCAGGAAACGAAAGAAAAAUUGACAUUGAUGUUCCUGAAUUCGGCCUCAACUUCAGUUUGCAAGUGAAACCAAAUGAUGAAAUCGUUUCCAGAGAUUUCAUAGUGUUGGAAACAUUUGCCAAUGGAUCCCAUCCCGUUAUCCUACAAGAAGAGGACAGAAGCUGCUACUUCAAAAACGAAUUGGCCGCCUUGAGUUUAUGCGAUGGAGUGCGGGGGUUGAUACACAUCGACGAAGAAUCCUUUUUUCUCAUCAGCCCAUUGCCAAAAAGGUUCCAUACUGUCUCGGCGGAACCUCAUUUACUCAUCAAAAAAAGACAUGGACAACAUUCCCAACAUUCACUGCCCCUUAAAAACGAUACCAAAGAUAUGAGAGAUACCAAAGCAAAGAAAGACAUUUUCAAAAAGAAAGUUAGGGUUAGACGGGAAACUUUUCCAGAAGGAGCACCCGCUUUCGUGGAAACUGCAGUGUUUGUGGAUAAGGACCUUUUCGAACAUAUGAAGACUAAUUUUCCUGUGAAUACGGAGAGGGAGCUGAUUCGAUUCGUUUUGGCAAUGAUUAAUGCAGUGCAGCUAUUAUACCACGACCCCAGCCUCGGAAGGCCGGUGAACUUCGUGCUGAAGCGCUUGGAGAUCCUGAAGGAGGAGGUGUCAGGCUUGGUGAGACCGCCGGACAUCGACCGAUUCCUCUCCAACUUCUGCAACUGGCAGAAGACCAAGAACCCGAUGGGCGACAGCCAGCCGCUCCAUUGGGACCACGCGCUCAUCCUGACGGGGUUGGACCUGUACGUGAGGGGCAAGCACGGCAAGAUCUCCAAUCAAGUGGUCGGUCUGGCCCCCGUAGCAGGAAUGUGCACAGCCACCAGCAGCUGUACUGUCAACGAAGGUAGACACUUCGAGAGUGUCUAUGUGGUGGCUCACGAAAUUGGACACAACUUGGGAAUGAGACAUGACGGCCCCCUGGCGGAAAACGACUGCGAUCCUAGCAGUUACAUCAUGUCUCCGACUUUAGGAAGCGGAAAAAUAACAUGGUCCUCGUGCAGCAAGCGCUAUCUGCAAAAAUUCCUCGACUCCCCUCAGUCGAGAUGCCUGUUGGAUCACGGCAGUUCUGCCGGCAAGCUAGACCACAGCGCCGAGGGGGCAUUGCCUGGUGAAAGAUUCGAUGCCAAUCAACAAUGUAUGUUGAAGUACGGCAGAGGUAGCAAGCAUUCCAGCCAGCAAGCCCUCAACGACGUCUGCAGAGAUUUGCACUGCGAGAGAGAAAGGUACACCUGGACGUCGCAUCCCGCCUUGGAGGGUACCUUGUGCGGUAACAGCAUGUGGUGCCGGGGCGGCCAGUGCCUGCCCAAAGGCUACGCCCCUUCGGCUGCGUACACCUCCGCCCGACGCCAACCGAUGUCCAAUCGUCUGGGCGAGAUCGACGGCGGCUGGGGCCCGUGGAGGCACUCGGGAGAGUGCGCCUCAGGCUGUCUGUUCGGCGAGGAAGGCAGGCUGCGCACGGGCAGCACGGGAGUCGAGGUGGCCGAGCGGGUGUGCAAUAAUCCCAGGCCUCAAGGGGCUGGCAGCGAAUGUGAAGGCCACUCUAAACGAUACACGUCUUGUGUUGCUCAGCAAUGCCAGAACGUACCCAGACUGACCAUACGAGAAUUCGCCGACCAGAUUUGCAGAAGGGCCAAAGAGAUCGACCCGGACCUGAGUGGAUCGGGCAUGCAGAAAAUCAGCUCCGACCCGGAAGAAGCUUGCUUGGUUUGGUGCCAAAAGACAAAUGGCAGCCCCAAGAGUCGUGGUUGGACCUUUCCCGAUGGCACGGCCUGUCAGAUCAGGAGGAAUCGAUAUGGAAAGGCUAGCUAUUGCAUCAAAGGCAGGUGCGAAGAGUUCGUGUGCGACCCCGCCGAAGAAGCCGCCCACGCCCUGUCGCCCGACCGGUGCCCGGGCGCAGGCCCCGACCGCGUCGACGACAACGAGGUGGGCGGGGCGACAACAGGUUGGGGCGGGGCGGGCCUGCGCGGACGCGAGGGCGCGCAGCGGUGGAAGAGCGCCAGCGGCUGCCACUACAACUGCGUGUCGCCCGGGGCGGGCGUGCGACUGGUGCGCGCGCAGCGGAAGGGCGGCCGGGCGAGCAUCCAGCUCUGCCGGCCCGAGCAGUUCGGAUGCAGUCGGGUAAAGACCUCUUUUCAACAUGCCUCCAUGGUCUGUUCCAAAUACAAAGAGAGGGUGAGAAGGCUGUCUGGUUUGGGAAUGCAAAUCCUGCCAGCUGUAGAGGAUCCGGACAGGCCAUGCAGAAUCGCUUGUCAGGAUGAUUUCAUCUCGCACAGGUUUUAUUUAGUCAAUGGAGAAGAUGGUUGGUUCCCGUUUGGCACGGACUGUUCAAGGGGCAGCACAGACAAAAAGGCCUAUUGCGUUAGCGGAAAAUGUUUGGAAUUUGGCCCCGAUGAUACUCCUCUGUCAGAAAGCGAGUUUACUCUACCCCUGCUGUCAAGAUCUCGUCGAUCUGUGUACAGCAAUGGCACCAGAAUUCUGGCCAAAUUGAAUCAGAUGGAGCUGGACAACAUCAUCCGAGAUUUCCACAGAACGUUAUCGGGUAAUUACACUGGUCCAAAAUUCGAUAUUGACUUCCAGAAUCCGAUACAUAUCAGUAUGGACGUGGAACGGACACAUAAUUUACCGAAACAGAUGCAGAAUAAUGUCGAGGAUUAUGUGAAUUUUGCUUGA